GUGAGUUUACUCUCCCAAGGCUGCUAUUACAGCAGGUAUGCACUGCCACCAAAAGUUGUGGCUAGCAGCAACCUCCAAAGGGCCAAAGCACCUUUGAAUUGAUACUCUCUCUCUCUCUCUUUUCUUCUCUCUUCCACCAUCUUCAACCUCAAAGUUCAAACCCCUACUAGUCUACUACUACUACAGCACUACUCUUUUCUGUCUUUCACUUCAUGGCCAUGGCCAUGGGAGAAAGAAACUGAGAAAGAAAGAAAGAAAGAAAAGUCCCACCUCUUUUGUACAUUUUGCUUUUCACUUUCAUUUCAUACCCUUCAAAAACACCCAUCAUUAUAAUACUAAAAUAAUAAUCCACCCAUUAUUGCUCUUUUAAACAAAGUCCACACUCACUCACUCACUCACACUCCUUGCCUCUUUCCCUCUCUCCCUCUUUUCCUCCUAAAAAGCUUUAGGCAGUAUUCUCAGUGUAGUGUAGUGCUUUCUUUUGCUAGAUUGCUUUCUUGCUUGGUACCAUGGAUUCAUAUGAAGCUACUAAGGUUGUUUUCUCAAGGAUCCAAACAUUGGACCCAGAAAAUGCUUCAAAAAUCAUGGGGUACCUUCUCUUACAAGACCAUGGUGAGAAGGAGUUGAUACGCUUGGCUUUUGGACCAGACACAAAUCUUCACAAUCUCAUUCUCAAAGCCAAAACCAACUUAGGACUCUCUUCAAACUCAAACCCUACUACCCCUUCAUCAUUAUCUUCCUCACCUUUCAACCCCAUCUCAAGGCCUAUUACUAAUCCUCUGUCCUCUUCAAGAAUGACAAGCAAUGGCUUUGACAACAUGAUGAUCACAAACCCAUCUUCACCAUCCUCAAACAGUGCUUGUUGGCCUCGCAGUACUAGUUUUUCAACUCCUUCACUCUCUUACGCUAGUGUUGUUAAGGAAACCAGUAAUAUUGGUUCCGGCUCAUCGUCAUCAUCAUCAUCAUCUUUAUUAUCUUCUGCAUUGCCUUAUAACACUUCUUCUUCUACUAGUGAACUCAUUGAUCAUGAUCAGUACCAACUUCAAGACCAUCUUGCUUUCCUGAAUGAUUCAAAGAUGGAUGAUUUGUACGAUCCAAGUGCUUAUUAUGCUGAAUCCACGUUGCAUAAGCGAAGCUACUUGGCUCCAAGCAUGUGUUUUGGGUCUGAAGAUGCAAGCUCUGGGCUUGGAUGGAAGCCUUGCUUGUAUUUUGCUAGAGGGUUUUGUAAAAAUGGCAGUACUUGCAGGUUUCUUCACAGUGAUUCAGUGGAUGCUACUACUGCUGCUGCUAUUAAUGUUGGCUCGCCCAGCAAACUCAAUGAGUUUGAACAGUGCCAAGAGUUACUCAGAUCAAAGGCUGCCCACCAACAAAAACUAGCUGCGGCGUCUCAAUUCAUGGCUGGAGCCUCUUUCCCUUACAAUAAGUGCCUGAACUUCCUAAUGCAACAACAAAAUGACACCCAAAGAUCAGCAGCGGCAUUGAUGAUGGGGGAUGAGCUUCACAAGUUUGGGCGGUGCCCACCUGAAAGCAAUGAUUUUUCAUCGAUAGGAUUGGGUGGAAUUGUGAAUCCAGGUUCAAGACAGAUUUACUUGACAUUCCCAGCUGAUAGUACUUUCAGAGAAGAAGAUGUUUCCAAUUAUUUUAGCAUUUAUGGACCAGUGCAAGAUGUGAGGAUUCCAUACCAGCAGAAACGAAUGUUUGGAUUUGUUACGUUUGUUUAUCCAGAGACAGUGAAGAUGAUUUUGGCCAAAGGGAACCCUCAUUUUGUUUGUGACUCACGUGUGCUUGUUAAGCCUUACAAGGAGAAGGGAAAGAUACCAGACAAGAAGCAACAACACCAACAGCAGCAACAAUUGGAGAGGGGGGAGUAUUCAAUGUGUUCAAGUCCAUCUGGGCUUGAUUCCAGAGAGCCAUUUGACCUCCACCUUGUGAACACAGGAGCAAGAAUGUUUUAUGAUACCCAAGAGAUAUUAAUGAGAAGGAAACUAGAGGAACAAGCUGAUUUGCAGCAAGCUAUUGAAUUACAAGGGAGAAGACUAAUGAAUCUCCAACUUCUAGACUUCAAGAAUAAUCAUCAGCAUUAUCAUCCUCAUCAAUACCAUCACAACUUAUCUGCUGUUGGGUCCCCAAUUCCUUCACCAACUCUAACUCACACUCCAAACAAUCAAACUCUCAUUCUUCCACCUGAUGGCAUUGAUCAACAAGUCCCAACAGAGAAAUGUGGAAACCCAGCUGAAGAUGAGGAUGAUCAACAUCAACUACUGAAAGAAAUGAAUUCAGCUUGUAAUAUUAAUGGCAAUUCUAAUAGCAGUGGCAAGGAAGAGAAAUCCAAUCCUGAAGAAAGUGAACUCCCUGAAAGCUUAGAGCACAUCCUCCCUGAUAGCCUAUUUGCUUGUCCAAAAAAGUCAGCUGAUGACAACCACACUGCCCUCUCCACUGCUCCUGUGGAAGCCAAUGAAAACACCUCAACUCCAUCUUCUAACAAUAACCAAUUGCUGCCUUCAGCUUCCCCACUCACUAUGGCUACUAUGAAAAAUGUGUUUGCCAAGUGUCCAGGUUUUCUUUUGGGCAUGGAAUGUAGCUAAUAGAGUUGGAGAAUGGCCAGCAAGGGGGUUUCAAUAUGCUAGCAAAGAUAUGAGAAGCAAUAUACAAUAGAAGAAAAUCCUCCUAGCUGUACAGCCAAAAAAUCAUACCCACAUUAAAGAAAUCUGUAGACACAACAUGGAUCUCAGCGAGGAUGACCAUCACUAUCAUCAUUAUCACUAUCAUCAUCGUCAACCACAACAACAACAAAAAAUACAUACUACGACUACUUACAAUGAAUACAUAAUGCAUACGUAAAAAGACAGAUGAACUGAUUUAAAGAGAGUGGGGUCUCUCUCUCUUCCUUAAUUUACUGUGUACUCUCACUCUCUAGUGUGUGCUGGACCACACAGCAAUAGUAGAAGAAAGUCUAGCAGUAACUAAUAUUAGUACCAUAUUGUUAAAUUCA